AUGCAGUCACCGGAUAUCUGCCAGUGCAUCGACUUGAGCACUGUAGAGUCCCUGGACUGGCUGCGGCACCACGCGACCACCCCUAAGCACCCAAUCGGCACUAACCCAGUCUACGUGUGCCAGGUACCAUCCAGUGAACCCUGCAAAUCGGCCGAUCAUGCGGAGGGCGGCCACUCGGUCAGCGUUGCUUUCAGCGGUACAUCCCAUCUAUCUAGUAUACCACUCCUCUCACGUCGUUCCCUAGCUUCGACUUUCCUUUGUGUCAUCUGCAUAGAAGUGCUCCGUGUCCAACACUGCCACUACAUCUGA